CGCUGUAUAGGCUUUGUAUUUACUCAGUGUAUAAUUCAAUAUUUAAAAGUAGAAACUUCCUUAUUCACUCGUAUCCAUAAUGAUAUUGUAAAGCUGGAUUUGUUCUUGAAUAUAGGAUUCAACAAUGACAGAGUUUCGUGAACUAUUGUUUGUUCUGGUUAACCUUUGCUUCUUGACAGAGGCUGACGGUUGCACAUAUUCGUCUAACAAUGAGAUCAACAUCUGCAAUGCCGGCACUUUAACGGGAACAGAAAUUGGAAUACGAAACAAUAACGUCCCAAACGAUACACUUGCUAGUUGUGUGUGUGAUAUUCAAGCACAGAGUCAAACAAAUAUUACUGUGUUUUUUGAUGGACCUGGGUAUACGACCUGUGGAACAAAACUCUAUCUACAAAAAACAAUUUAUUCCUGCAAAGAUGGUUCUUCAAUAAUCGGUUCAGAAACGAACAGGCUAACUCUAAAGAAAAGUUACACUUUUAACGACGAGUGGUGUAUGCUGCUUCGAGCAGAUAUAUAUAACAUGGCCAUCACUUGCUAUGGCAUCAACGAAGAACUACCAGAACUUAAAACGGUCAGCCCUGUAAGCACCUCUGCAUCGUCAGUGUCUACAACUCAAGAAAACUCAAUACCUCCAUCAUUGUCUUCAAACUCACACCGCACAACAUCUACUUCAGAAACAUUAACAUCGGCAAUAUCGGAACUUCCCUCAACAUUAACGAUACCAAAUACUAGUACAACGCGUAUUACAACCACUUCUCUCAUUACCUCCUCUUUAUCACCAAAAUCUCCAGCCUCAGACAGCACAUCCGGAACCGUCCCGAGAGUCACGACUGGAAACACACAGACAGUAUCACACAUUGCCUCAGUCACUGCAUCUUCUACAUUUAUAACGACAAAAAGUUAUUCUGUUGGUCCUCAUUCGAACACAACUCCUACAAACACUACAAGUGACGCAAGCAGGACAGCCGCAAAAUUUCCAAAACUAGCGAUUGUAUUGAUCAGCGCCGUUUGUGGUAUCUUGCUUAUUGCCACCGUGAUUGCCAUCAUUGUCCAUGUAGUAAGGAAAAGAGGACCAAACUACAAUCAAAAGGAUACAGAGGAUGCGAUCAACGACUCGACGUCUAACUCUGUUAUUAACGCCUAUAACCCCAGACACUCCUCUGCUAUUACCAAUCCUAUGAACUCUAACCUUGAUGUUGCUCGAAAAAACAACGAUCUUUCGUCAUUUCAUGUGGAAAGUUCACCAACAUACGCAUCUAUAAAUAAGAAUCCAGGUCCAAACUAUGAAAAUACAUUUCCCACUGAAAGAUCAAACGUUCGAUCAACAGGAAUUAAAUUUAAAUCAUCAGUACCAGAAGCAGUGGACGAUACACAAGAAUCAGGAACCAGCGACCUGUACGCAGUUGUAAAUAAACCAGGAUCAAACCAAGAUAACAAAGACAUGCAUUCUGCAAACACUCAAGUCGGACCAAUGAAAGGAAUUCUGAAGAACCAAACUGGUCACAGAAGUGACAACGUGAAUAGGUUUGACAAAGCCGAAGAAAAUGGAGCUGUAAAAUUCAAUAACGAUCAUAUGCCUAAUUUGGAGCAAUACCCCGGAGAUGAGAAAUACACCACUGACAGUGAUGAGGAUAUGGACACGAUAAAUCCUAACUAUAUUCCGGGCACAUCGGAAAUGUCAACCGCAUUGUAAAUGGGGUGGGGGGGACUAAACAUAUUAAAUAAGGCAGGUACAUACGCAUAUACAUAUUAGCAUGUAAAUAGCGCUUUCGAAAAAUGUUUUGCAUGUAUAAAUGAAAUAUAUAUCAAUAAGAGUAAUUGGAUAGUGGUAAUCAGAUAUAUAAAACUCUAUUUCAAUUUCUAGCUACAUGACGAGGUAGUGUAAAUCAAGGUUUUUUUUGUAUUUGCUUUUCCCAAUAACAUAAACAUGAUCAAUUACAUGACAGACAUUGGCACGGACAUACCGUGACAUUGGUAAACAAUUUAAGUAGAAAAGGAUAAAACCAAUA